AGGAUAAAUCAGUCUGAAGAAAAACAGAAAAAGAAGAAGAAGCGUUCAAGUGAAGAGGAAGAGGAAGAAGAAGAAGCAAUGGAUAAAGCACCAGAAAUUCAUUUUCCAAAACUGGAGAAACCUUCAGGCAAGAAACAAACAACGACAGUUGUUGUCGGAGCUUUGGCUGUCGCAUGGUUGGCGGUGGAGUUCGUGUUAAAGCCAUUGUUGAGCAAACUUAACUCAUCAAAGGACAAAUCAGUCUCCGAGGAUGCAACAGCUCCUCCCGCGGCCGACGCUGACACAGCUCCUCCUGCGUCCGACGAUGCCACAGCUCCUCCUGCGACUGACGAUGCCACAGCUCCUUCCACGUCCGACGCCUAAAAGGUGAGAAUAGCCUCUGCGGGAGACAUGUCUUACUAUAAUAUUUAUAAGCAAUAUGUUUUGUGUGUGUUAUGUUGUUGUUUUCUUCCACGUAAAAUAUUGUUCGGUUUUUAUUGCCUUGACGAUGAUUUUAAAUUAAGGUAAUCUUGUUUUUUCUUUUGUUUUGUAAUAAAUUUCCGAGAUGGAAUAAUAAGUCAAUGAGAUACGAUGUAAUUGGGAUUUGCAGUUUCUUAGUUGCCUUGGGCUUUGUUUAUAUAAUAGAUUUAAUUUUUUU